UUCGACUGAACAUAGUCUGCAGACUCUGCACCAUAAGAGAGAGAGAUUGGAAGCUACGAAAAAUUCACAUGAAAAGGUAAUACAGAGAGAGAAAGAGAGUUUUGUGAAGAGAGAUGAGAGAGAGAGGAAGAACAAUUAAGAGAGAGAGAUGCACAAACUGCGUUCAUCCCUCACAGCUUCAGUAACCGAACAAUGUUUGGGUUUUGGAGGAGUUCGUCUCCUCAUGUUAAAUCUGAAAAGAGACAAGAACCAUGGCUUGCAAGCAGUUUGAAGCCUGAGAAUUUUGUACCUGGAUUACUCAUAGGUUUUCUUCUUGGAUUACUUUUGGAGUUGCCGAAAAUUUCACGAACCAGUCCAGCUCUGAGGCUUCCAUCUACUUUGAGCAAGAAAAAGAGAUUGCUUUCUCCUUCCUGUGAUGAAGAACUUAAAAUGGUUUUGGUUGUUAGGCAAGACCUGAAGAUGGGAGCGGGAAAAAUUGCCUCCCAAUGUGCUCAUGCAGCAACUGGCUUGUAUGCAGAACUAAUGAGGAGUCAUCGAUCCCUUUUGAGUCAAUGGGAGCAGUGUGGCCAACCCAAGAUAGUUGUCACAUGCAAGAACCAACAAGAAAUGAAUAAAUUGAGGGAUGCAGCUGAUAAUAUUGGACUUCCCACAUUCAUAGUAGCUGAUGCAGGACGUACUCAGGUGUCAGUGGGGUCCAAAACAGUUCUUGCCAUUGGUCCAGUUGGGGCAUCCACUGUCCAUUUGGAAUUACAGAUGGUGAGAUCAACCUUAGUUCUUGAUGGCAAUCAGUCACCUUUAUAUGGUGGAUUCCCUGGAUGGUGUACCAUAUGCCUUUCACAGACCAUGUCUGGUAUAUACUUCCCUACUCUACCAAAGGUUCAGAAUGCUAUCUGACUCUGUACACCUCCCAGGGAUACUUUAUUUAUUCGUGUUGAUAUAGAUAGAUAGGUAGAUAGAGAGAUAGGUACUUUUUCAGAAAACCACUUAAAUGGAGCUACUGAUUGAAAAAAAAAAACGGGAAAAGAAAUUAAAAAAGAAAGAAUAGAAAGAAGAAAAAUGCUUAAUCAGAGUUGAGAGCUUACAUUUGAGUUGGAAGAGGCAUAUAAGGUAUUCUUUUAGGGAAACCUCAAAUAAACUCGACGAGAUAAUGACUAUGAAUAUUUUUACUUAAAAAUAUAUCGAUUUCUGUGCGAAUUUUAUAUGUGACAUACCACUGAAAAUAUUUUAUUUAAGAUAAUGGAAUUUCAUUUACCUAGAAAAAGGAUACUGAAAACCUUAAACCUUAGUUAUUAUGAGGGUAAGUUAGCAAUAACUACUUAGGUUUUAUAGUGUUCAUAUAGUUCUUUCCAAUGUUUAAAAAAUCAGUAGCCCAAUUUGGAAUCGGGCGAUCUGGAUUGAGUAUCGCCUGGACCGUUGUGGAUCCGCUAAUAAAACGGGAUCCGUCCGUGUUGCUAUAGUAGACUCGUCUGUAUGACAUCACGGAUUAGACACAUCACCGAUCCAUACCGAUUUCUGACAUCAUCGAAUGUGUAUUUGUUUUGAAACAAAUUUUUAUUGAGAUUUGAUGUUUGAAAAAUCACGUGGGCAUGUAUACGUGGCCAGUAUUUUAAAAAUCUCGUGGGCAUGAAUCGUGGUGCCCACCCACUUGCUGGGCACCUCGCAAUGGUGCUGCGCUCCCCACCACGUGAGCAUCCUAUGUUAACAGUAAAGUGGGUUCUAAGAUUUAUAUUAUUAUUUCUUCCCACAAUCUAGUGAUGUGUGAUAUUUUUUGUUACCUCCACAACGUUGUUUCCAUUAAUCUUUCUCUUUUAUACGUGAGAUGGAAAUCUCUCUCUUUUUUAUACGAGAGAUGGAAAUGUCUCUUUCUUUGUACGAAAAUGCAAAAUCUCUUUCGUUUAUACGAGAGAUGGAAAAGUCUCUCUUUCUUUAUAUGAGAAUAUAAACUAUAGUCUAUAAAAUGAAAUGGUCUAUAAGAUAC